GGCUCCCGGAGGUGGGGGCGUGUCCGCCUUGCGCGCUACUGCGCUUCCGCGGUUCGCGCGCGUCGCGGCUGCCGCAGGCACAGCUGGAAAGCACCUUGCGCAAGGGUCUCACGCGGUGCAGACUCCGACUCCUCCCCCUUCCUCCUCCUUCCCGGAUCCCUAACGCGCGAGCAGUGCCGGUCCGGGCAGUGCGCGGGGACACAGAGACCCUCUGUCACCGUGCCUCCCGCCGCAUACACCGACCGGCCUGCUGCACUCUCCCCGCCGACGCCGUUCUGGGAGGAGAACGACGAUUAGACAGAAGAACGGCGUGCACAGAGAUUUCCCCAAAAGUUAAUAAGGAAGGCCAGGAACUGCCUUUAAGAGAAACGGCUAUUUCACUUUUGGAAAGACAUUUUGGCACGGAAUAAAGAACCCCUACUGAAAACAGGGAAAGAAACACAACUACAGUUGCAUUAGGUAUCUGUGGCCUAUGUCUCAUGUAUUUGCCAAGUAGAAUAUAAUCUGAAUCCAGCAGAUGCCCCCAACUCUCUGAGGCGUUGAGAUACAGCAUUUAAAACCUUACUGUGAAGAAACCCAGGGAACAGGUAGCCACAUCCCAUUUGCAGAUAAGAAAGGAGGCCUAAGCAGUAUCUGCAAAGCCAGGACUUCUCUGUGUUGUGCACAUACCAGCAACUACGGAAGGCAGAGCUUUUUGACUCUGCACCAGACACCUUACACACCUGAACUUCUUUAAACCUCACAACUGCCCUAUGAGACUCUCUAGAAAGCAUAACAGUGAUGGAGUACAUGAGCACUGGAAGUGACAAUAAAGAAGAGAUCGAUUUAUUAAUUAAACACUUGAACGUGUCCGAUGUAAUAGACAUUAUGGAAAAUCUUUACACAAGUGAAGAGCCAGCAGUUUAUGAACCCAGUCUCAUGACCAUGUGUCAAAACAGUAAUCAAAAUGAGGAGCGUUCAGAAUCUCUGCUGCUCAGUGGCCAAGAGGUGCCUUGGUUGUCAUCGGUCAGAUAUGGAACUGUGGAGGAUUUGCUUGCCUUUGCAAACCACAUAUCCAACACUGCAAAGCGUUUUUAUGGACACCGGCCUCAGGAAUCUGGAAUUUUAUUAAAUAUGGUAAUCACUCCCCAGAAUGGACGCUAUCAAAUAGACUCUGAUGUUCUCCUCAUCCCUUGGAAGCUGACUUAUAGGAAUAUUGGCUCUGAUUUCAUACCUCGGGGGGCCUUUGGAAAAGUGUACUUAGCACAAGAUAUAAAGACUAAGAAAAGAAUGGCGUGUAAAUUGAUCCCAGUAGAUCAAUUUAAGCCGUCUGAUGUGGAAAUCCAGGCCUGCUUCCGGCACGAGAACAUCGCUGAGUUAUAUGGCGCUGUGCUCUGGGGUGAAACUGUGCACCUCUUUAUGGAAGCAGGCGAGGGAGGGUCUGUUCUCGAGAAACUGGAGAGCUGUGGACCAAUGAGAGAAUUUGAAAUUAUUUGGGUGACAAAGCAUGUUCUCAAGGGACUCGAUUUUCUACACUCAAAGAAAGUGAUUCAUCAUGAUAUUAAACCUAGCAACAUUGUCUUCAUGUCUACAAAAGCUGUUUUGGUGGAUUUUGGCCUAAGCGUUCAAAUGACUGAAGAUAUCUAUUUUCCUAAGGACCUUCGUGGAACAGAGAUUUACAUGAGCCCAGAGGUGAUCCUAUGCAGAGGCCAUUCAACCAAAGCAGACAUCUACAGCCUGGGAGCCACACUCAUCCACAUGCAGACGGGCACCCCGCCUUGGGUGAAGCGCUACCCUCGCUCAGCCUAUCCCUCCUACCUCUACAUAAUCCACAAGCAGGCGCCCCCGUUGGAAGAUAUUGCGGAUGAUUGCGGCCCUGGCAUGAGAUUGCUGAUAGAGGCCGCCUUGGAGAGGAACCCCAAUCACCGCCCGAGGGCAGCAGACCUACUCAAACACGACGCCCUGAACCCCCCCAGAGAGGAUCAGCCACGCUGUCAGAGUCUGGACUCUGCCCUCUUUGAGCGGAAGAGGCUGCUGAGUAGGAAGGAGUUGGAGCUUCCUGAGAACAUUGCGGAUUCAUCAUGCACAGGAAGCACUGAGGAAUCUGAGAUGCUAAAGAGGCAACGUUCUCUCUACAUAGACCUUGGGGCCCUGGCUGGCUAUUUCAACCUUGUACGGGGUCCACCAACACUAGAAUAUGGUUGAUCGGUGGCAUCAUUUGCUCUAAAUAAGACUCAGCACUGGGCUCCUGGAAGCUGGUUCUGCUGACUCUACACCGGGGCUCUGUAUAGGGAAUCGGCCUCUGUAUAGGGAAACAGAUAAGGGCUCCCGUGACUCAUGAAUGUGACUCCACGUGGCUCCCAUGGGUUUGAUUCGUGAAGCUGCCUUGGUAGCCCCCAGUCUAAAGGUUCUCAUGUCUCAGGUGGUGUAACUCAAAGGAAGUUGAGAGUUCAUAGAAGGAUCAUUUCUGGUGACUGAUUCCAUUCACUGUGCACUUUGCUCAAAAUGUUGUAAAUACUGAGAAUAUCACAAGGAUAAUGUCUUAGCCUGAAAUUACUAUUCUUGGUUCUAAUUUAAGGUUGAGAACUUCAUUUAACUCAGAUAAUUGUUUUGUAUAUAUUGGUGUAUAUUAUAUGAUAACUCCUUGAGCCUUUGUAGGUAGGUUCUAGUAUAAAUUAAAGUCAUUAUAUUUUGGAUGAAUAGAAUAAUUUGAAUAUUAUAGCAAUAAGCUGGACUAGUGUCUUAAAAAUGGCUGAUUAUUUAGGAGCCAUCUGACAGCAGACCACUAGUGACAGGUUCUGUUAUGUUCCUAUGGAAACAUUUUGUACUGUAUAUGCUAUGCUUAAAACAUUUAAAACAUGAUGUUUUGAAUGUGGAUAAAACUGUGUAAACCACAUAAUUUCUGUACAUCCCAAAGGAUGAGAACGUGACCUUUAAGAAAAAUGGAAACAUUUCUAAAUUCUUAAUGAUGCUACUUUUGUAACUCUUCUGACUACUUUCUUCUAAGCAUUUGUGUAUUAAAAUAGCAUACUGUGUAUGUUUUAUAUCAAAUGCCUCCAUGAAUUUUUCUUACCUAUACAUAUAUUUUUACUGUUGUGAAUAUGUGAGUAGUCCCACUUAAAGUAUGUUUUUACAUCAUGCAAAUGAAACCAACACUUUUAUCCAGCAUAAUUGGUCAAAUCAACCGAAUAAACUCAGUAUUUUAUCUUAAUUCUUGGAAAGAAUGUGAUUCUCAACUGGGACUGGGGGUGGCUUAUGGGGGUUGGGAUAUAGGUUGGAGGAGAACGUGUAUCAUGAGGAAGCAAAGAACACCUGAGAGGUUUGCAAAUUGUUCAUAAGCCCCUCUUCUGUUGCUGCAGCCUUAAGCCAUUGUUGUCUGGAUUACGCCAUGUCCCUCUGGCGCGUGGGCGCAGAAAAAGAAUUGUCAGCCACCGGUUUAGGCUAAGUGUGGUUCUGUUUUGCAUCUUGUUUUUAUACAUUUAUACUACCUUUGAAUAUAUGCUUGUCGGUUCUGUGUCUGUUGUUUGUCAAGUUAAUAACUAACUUGUCUUGGGGGCGCCUGGGUGAUUCAGUUGGUUAAGUGUCAGGACAGUGGUUUAUGGCUUAGGUCCUGAUCUCAUGGGUUGUGAAAUGGAGCCCCUCAUUGGGCUCUGCACUCAGCGCAGAGCCUGGCUAAGUUUCUCUCUCUCCCUCUUCCUCUGACUGCCACCCUGGCUGUUUGUGCACUCUCUCCCUAAAAAAACGAAAUGAAAUAAAUAAAAUAACUAACUUGCCUUGCAGAAGGUAAAUUUUAAUCCCGAACACAAAUCCUGAUGAAAAUUGUUGGAUGGGAGUUGGAUUCAGUCGUUCUCUGAGCAAACCGUAUGACGCGCUUCUAUGUGUGUUACCUAAAGCCAUCCUUGGAAUCCUCACAGCACACGCAUGAAAGAUGGACCGUUGUCUCCGGGUUUUUUUCAGAGGGGGAGCUGAAGCACAGUGAAGUAGGUCACUUUAUGCUUCAGAUCACAGAGCAGGUAAAGAGACAGAGCUGGUCAUGGAAGCUAGGACUUUCUACCUCUAGUCCCCCUUUUCUUCCUCAUUGUGCUCCUGGCAGGUGAUAGACCAUCAUAGGUGGUGGAUUGUCUUGCUGCAGAGAGCCCUGUGCUCUCGCUGGGAUUCAGAUCUCCAAAUAAGGGCAGAGGUGGCUUCAUCACCAACCUAGUGAAGCUUCAGCCUCAGGGCCCCUCGCUUGCCUGGGCACCCCCAUGGCCCUGUGCCUGCAUCUAUAUUAUCCUACAUCGGCUCCAACAAAACCUGGACCUGUCCCUGGGCCAAGGUGUACAACCUUUGAUGAUUUUCAUGAAAAACCGAAACAGUCAAUAUGAAUUGUUUAGUUAACAAAUUCCAUUGGGAGAAAAAACAUGCCUUUUAAAUAAAUUGGAGCUCUCAUGGAAAGAUCUGGGAAUGUUUGCCAAAAGAUGAUCAGGGGCGGUGAGGGCCGAGAAAGCGGUCUUGAGGGCUAGCAGGGCACGUUUGGGGCUGGGCUCUGUGUGCGGGGCACCUGCAGAGCUGUUGACCUAGGAAGCCAAGAGCUGCAGCCUGGGAUGGGCCAGCAGAUAGAGUCAGAUUAAGAGAAGAAGGAGGCCCUGAGCUGGCCCUGAGGGAAUCUGUCAUUUGCUUCCUGAGAAGGCAAGCAGUGGGGGCUGUCAGGCUUGAGUGUAGCUGGGACAGAAUGAUCACAUCCUGAAACCUGCUUCUUGCCCCCCUGAUAAUUCCUGCUUCAGGCAACAAGGCUUCUGAUUAUGUGCGGACAUUGAAAUGCUUCAUGGAAGACAGACUGGACCUUUCUGGCUUGGGUCUGGAGGUCAUCGUGUCUAAGCCCCUUGUUGGAUAGGGUGGCCUCUAGAUAAACUUGCUGGUCGUCACGUGGCACAUGCUGGAGCCAUGCCUUCUGAUUAUCACUCCCCACCUUGUGCUUGCCUUGGGGUCUGUAUAAUAACCUGAAACAGGUCAGGAAGAAUGCCUACCAGGAAUUUGCUGGCCCUACUGGGGAUUUGCCCAGCCUUGGACAGACAGCUCUCAUCGGGGGUCAGCCAGCGCAUCCACACCUCUGGAGCGAAGGUUCCACCAGGUGUCUGCCCUGGUGCCGAGUGCUGCAGUCGGACUUGAAGUCCGAGGCAUGGAUUCCUGUCAGCCCCCGUGUUCCUCCCUAGUGCAUGCCUGUUAUCAGACCGUCUGGGCCAAUCAAUCUUUUCUUUUCUUUUUUUUAAAGAUUUUAUUUAUUUAUUUGACAGAGAGAGACACAGCGAGAGAGGGAACACAAGCGGGGGAGUGGGAGAGGGAGAAGCAGGCUUCCCACGGAGCAGGGAGCCUGACACGGGGCUCGAUCCCAGGACCCUGGGAUCACGACCUGAGCCCAAGGUAGACGCUUAACGACUGAGCCACCCAGGCGCCCCGCCACUCAAAUCUUUUCUUGAUAGCAAAUGUCAGUCGUGUACCUCAAUACGGAAGCCGGUGGCUGUGUACAGACUUGCUGUGAUUUCAAAUCCAUGUUUUGAAAGCUCCUUAUGGACAAUGUUGUUUGUGUUUGAACUUGCUUUGAGUAACUUAUUUUGAUCAAAUGGUUUUGAAAUCGGAUAUUAGGACUUAGUUCUCGAACUCUCACACCUGGAGCGGAAAGGACCAUUGUGUUACUGACACCACAGUAACGGCUGCGGUGUCCUCACUCGAUGGAAAACCAAGAGGUCUGACCAGCAAUUCGAGAGGGAUCCGGCUAGAUAAGACUACUCUUUGCUGAUCUAAAGAGCUCUCCAGAGAUCUUGAGACACCUGCUUCUGCCGUGGCUGGGAUAGUCUCGGUCAGUAGGGCUGACAGUCUCAGGAAGAAGAGGGGACAUCUACUCCUACCUUGGUGAGCCCACUCCUUGUAGCCCGUGGUGCAAACCGUGGAACAGUCUCUGGACCAAUAACCUUCGGAGCAGCCCACCUUGCCUUCCAACAACGGCCCCAUCGCCCGCCAGCUCCAGGCCGCAGCAGUGAGGGACCUACGCCGGCAGCUGAUAACCGGCUUUUAAUUGGAAGGCCUGACUACUCCACUGAGAACCAACUUGUACAAAGGUACCCCUCAACGAAAUUUGGACUGUAUUUCUUUCACCUUCCCGUUGCCUGGAACAAUAGUGUAAUUUAUCUGUCAUUGGUUUGGAGUAUGUUAUUCCUUUAUUGGCUUAUUAAGAGGCAUUAUCUUGUAUGCUAUUGGCUUGUGAAAUAUUACUAUUAUGAAUUUUAAUUCCCGUAAUGAGUCUGUGUCAAAUAAAUUAU